CCCUGGCUCAUACAGGUGGCACAUGCAGAGGCCAAGCUCUUGUGUAAGGCAGAGCAAACCACCUUGUAGAGUUUGCUAGCGAUUCGCCCACCCUGCCAGACCCGGUGAGGGAAGCAUCAGCCAUGCCGUUAAACCAAAACCCCCUGAGAAAACACUGGGGUGGCAGAGGGGCCUUUUGACCAACGUGGCUCCGGGCUGGGGAAAGGCCAGGGCUCGCGGACCUUCCUAGCGGGCUUUCCUGGGACAGAGGGGCCUCAAGACCCUUUUCUGUGAGCCCGCAGAAGCUUUUGCAGUACCCAGCUGCAGGGUUGGGGUCUGCAGGGUCAGGGCUCCUGCUGAGCUCACUCUGUGAAGGCAGCUGAAGGAUCACAGAGUGGGGGGUGACGCCCCCGUCUGCUGCCAGCAGGAAGCCACGAGCUAUGCACAGGACGGAGAUGUGGGGACUCCACCUGAGGACGGGCUUUUCCUUCACAACUGCUUGGUGGGCUGCUGGUCACAGGCAGAAGGCCACUCCACAGUAGGGGUCCUGGCUCCGAAGAGCUAUGGUGAGAAGCCACUGAAGCCACGAGGAAAAUGGAUGGAAUUGGAGAGUAUCGUGGUAAAUGAAAUAAGCCAGACCCAGAAAGACAAGCAUCAUCUGUUUUCUUUCACGUGUGGAAACUAGAGGGGAACGAUGAGAAGAAGGAUGUCAUGAGGGUAUAAGGAAGACUAUCAGGAUGGGUCUGCUCAGCAGCAAGAGGCAGGUCACUGAGAAAGGCAAGGGCUGGAGCCCCUUGAGGAUCGGCACCCAGAGCAAAGACCCCCCACCACUGCCACCCCUGGUGGUCUUCAAUCACCUCACCCCUCCACCACCCGAGGAGCACCCAGACCGUGAGGAGCAUUUUGUGGUGGCCCUGUAUGACUAUGCCGCUGUGAAUGACCGGGACUUGCAGAUGCUGAAGGGCGAGAAGCUGCAGGUCUUGAAGGAAACUGGAGACUGGUGGUUGGCCAAGUCACUCGUCACAGGGAGAGAAGGCUAUGUGCCCAGCAACUUUGUGGCCCCCCUGGAGACCCUGGAAGUGGAAAAGUGGUUCUUUAGGUCGAUCAGCCGCAAGGAGGCGGAGAGGCAGCUGCUGGCUCCAAUGAACAAGGCGGGUGCCUUCCUCAUCAGAGAGAGCGAGACCAAUAAAGGUGCCUUUUCCCUGUCUGUGAAGGAUGUCACCACCCAGGGGGAGAUGGUCAAGCACUAUAAGAUCCGCUCUCUGGAUGAAGGGGGCUACUACAUCUCCCCCAGGACCACCUUCCCCUCCCUCCAGGCCCUGGUGCAGCACUAUUCUAAGAAAGGGGAUGGCUUAUGCCAGAGGCUGACCCUGCCCUGUGUGAGCUUGGCAUCGCAGAACCCCUGGGUCCAGGACGAAUGGGAAAUUCCCCGGCAGUCCCUCAAGCUGGUCCGGAAACUCGGGUCUGGGCAGUUUGGUGAAGUGUGGAUGGGUUAUUACAAAAACAACUUGAAGGUGGCCAUCAAGACCUUGAAGGAGGGAGCCAUGUCUCCAGAAGCCUUCCUGGCUGAGGCCAACCUGAUGAAAGCCCUGCAGCAUGAGAGGCUGGUCCGUCUGUAUGCCGUGGUCACCAAGGAGCCCAUCUUCAUCGUCACCGAGUACAUGGCCAGAGGAUGCCUACUGGACUUCUUAAAGUCAGAUGAAGGCAGCAGGUUGUCCCUCCCACGACUGAUCGACAUGUCAGCCCAGAUCGCGGAAGGGAUGGCGUACAUCGAGCACAUGAAUUCCAUCCACCGAGACCUGAGGGCGGCCAACAUCCUGGUGUCUGAGACCUUGUGCUGCAAAAUCGCGGACUUCGGCUUGGCCCGGAUCAUUGACAGUGAAUACACUGUCCAAGAGGGAGCCAAGUUCCCCAUCAAGUGGACCGCCCCGGAAGCCAUCCACUUUGGGGUGUUCACCAUCAAAGCAGACGUGUGGUCAUUCGGGGUCCUCCUGAUGGAGAUCGUCACCUAUGGGCGCGUGCCAUACCCAGGCAUGAGCAAUCCCGAGGUCAUCCGCAGCCUGGAGCGAGGCUACCGCAUGCCAAGGCCGGACACGUGCCCACCCGAGCUGUACCGCCAGGUCAUUGCUGAGUGCUGGCGAAGUCGGCCCGAGGAGCGGCCCACCUUUGAGUUCCUGCAGUCGGUGCUUGAGGACUUCUACACGGCCACCGAGGGCCAGUAUGAGCUGCAGCCCUAGGCGCCUGCUGACUCAAGGGACUCCCUGCGCCAAGCCUAGGGACUGAGGUUGACCUUGACAUUUACUCUCAGCACUCCAUCCAGCCCAGACAAGCCGCUAAAGCAGGGGG